AUAAUAUGUUUCAAAUGCCAGGUUAUAAAGGGCUUCACACAUCAAAUAUAACAUUUAACGUGACAUUCACUGAACCAGCAUAAAAUGGGUAAAACCAGUUCCAGCACUAUAAUAUUAAUUUUCAUAUGAAUCAUCAAGUAACACAUUUCACAAAAAGUUUCAUGUUAAAUCUUUAUUGCCACACAAGAAGAUUCUUUUUGCAGCAAGCGGCAUAAAACUUAUCAGUAAUAACCUGGAAAACCUUUAAAUUUAGACAAAGUCUGACCACCUACGAGGGCUAAUGGUGUCCUGUACUGUCAAGAAAACUACUGGAAAAGGACUUCUUAAGAGUGGGAACCCUGAUUUUAAAAACAUGAAAUAAAACAAUAUAGACAUUUAAAACACAUUAACUAAAUACUGAUGUAUCCUGGUGGUUUGAGUCACUAAUAAAACAUAACUAAUACAUUCCUGUGUCGAGGUUCUGUCGCCCGUCUCUAAACUGGAAUCCAGUUGUGGGACAAAAUAAAUCGUGGAAUUGAGUAAAAGGGAAUUAUCACGAGGAAGCAGAGGUGUGAUCCCUUUGGUCACCAGCAGUCGGAGCCGUUUCAGCUUAGAGAAGAGGCCCAGCAGAAGAGGCCGAAGCUCUUGGAUAUCAGCUUAAUCCUCUUAGCCUGUUCCUUAAGCCCUCUGCCUCCACAGAUCACACGCUGCACACACCUCAGCCGGAGUGCGAGCCGCCACCAUGUACAAAAUGUACAACACUCAGUGGGACGACGAGAGCGACGAUGACAAGGAUUGUCUCAACUCCUCUUUUUGGUCUGAUGUGGAGCCUCAGGAAGAGGAGGAAGAGGUGGUGGAGAUUGAGCAAGUGAUCGACGAACAAGACUCCAAACCUGUUGGCGGUGCGGAGGACUCUCUCCGGGAGGCUUCAGAGGAGGAGAAACCUGAACUGAACGAGGCCAACGUGAGCAGGGAGAGUUUGGAAGGUGGAAGCGACGGUGACGGCGAUGAUGAAGAUGAAGAAGAAAGCGGUAGCAGCAGUUGUGAUAGUCCAGCUCCGAGUCUGAUGACCUCCGGCUACGGCACCUACAGACCAGAGGAGCAGGAGGCGGGAGACUACAGAGACGACCACAGCAUAACAGAGUUCGAUCAGGACAGUCGGGGAGACCUGUCUGAGACAAGAGACGACGACGAAGAAGACGACCGCUCACUUUGCAGCUUCGGCGGGUUUGACAUCGAACCCGCGGAGCUGAGCGCGUUAGCUGACGCCGAGCCUGAAGCCAAUGUGGCGUGCUGUGGAGAUGAUGGUCUGCGCGAAGAGGUGGACACGAAACCAGAAGAAGAUAAAGACGAGAAACUUGAAGAUCUACAUGCAGCGUCCGAAACAUCGGAGGAACAACAGCAGGUCGCUGAGGUUGAGGACAGAGUCAUAUCGGAUGAGAAACGUUUGGACGGUGCGGGGGUCGAUGUUGGACAAUACGAAGAAGCGCAAGAUCUUAAAGAACAGAAUAACGUGGAGUCGGAGGAUGCCGACGAGUCUUCGAGCAACAAAGACAUCAAGUUUAUCGACUCUAAAGUGGAUUUCAGCAGGAUGACGUACGACAAGAUGUGUGAGGACUGGGAAGGAAACCUCAGACCGAAGACGGACGCAGCGAGCUGUCUGGAGGAGCGGCUGGCGGAGCUUCACUUACCGACAGCGGCUCAACGCGGCUUUGAGACGGAGAACGAAGACGCAACCAGUCAGAACGACACCCAGAGCUCGGGGACGGAGGGGAUCUCUUUGAGCGCCUUUGAAUCCUACAUAAGAGGCAUGACUCGAGCUCAAAGCGACGCUGGCGUCAGGCCCAAACCAAAGUCCUUCAUCCGACCAGUGAUGACUCAGCAAACCAUUAAGAAGACUGACCCAGUGGCCAAGUAUUUCCAGUACAAGCAGCUCUGGGAAAUGUUUAAACUUCCAGGAGAGAAUGACAGGAGAACUCUCCGCCUGGAUAUAAAGGAACGACUUGCAUACCAACCUCCACCGCCUAAACCUCGACGAGUCUACGUGCCGAACACCUACAUCGUGCCAACAGAGAAGAAGCGCUCCUCCCUCCGCUGGGAGGUGAGGAACGAUUUGGCCAACGGUCUCCUCCCGUACAAGUUGAACUAUCGAUGCUGAGCCUCUCGCGCUCCACACGCCUUUUAGACACUUUUAAUAAAACUUUGCAUUGUG